AUGAAGCUCUCUAUGAUCUUCGCAUUCGCGGCUGGCGCUCUCGCCAUGCCUACUGUCAAUAUUUUGACCAGCCACAGUUCGGAACCUCUGAAGGACAGCGAGACCGCCCUUGUCGACUACUACAUCUUCAACCUGACCGUGCCUGAAUUCCUCGCCAAACGCGAUGCCAAAGACCCUCCCUCUCUGAACUGGACCAGCGAUGGCUGCAACGACGGCCUACCCAAUCCCUUCAACUUUGACUUCACGCCCGGCUGCCAGCGUCAUGAUUUCGGCUACGCAAACUACCGAAAGCAGGGUCGCUUCGAUGCCGACGGAAAAAAGAAGAUCGACGAGCGUCUCCUGGUUGAUCUGAGAAACCAGUGCAACAAGGAUAAUCUUGGAUGGAGCAAUGUCGGUUGCAAAGGUCUUGCGGAGGCCUACUUCUUUUUCUACCGUUCGAAUGAGUUUGGCGGCGGCGACGAUGCUACAGGAAACAGAAAUCCGGGACGUGGAGGAAAGUCGCCAAAGGAAGUAAGAGAAGUGAAGCCACAGGAAGAGGAGGUGAAGGAAAAGGAAGCAAAGGAAAAGGAAGUAAAGGAAAAGGAUGCAAUCGCAACGGGAGUAAAGGAAAAGGAAGUAAUCGAAAAGGGUAAAAAGGCAAAAGCAGAAAGGGAAAAGAAAGCACAGGAAGAGGAGGAUAAGGAGAAGGAAGAAAAGAAAAAGGAAGCAAAGGAAAAGAAGGAAAAGAAGAAGGAAGCAAAGAAGAAGAAAGCAGAGGAGAAGAAAGCAAAAGAGAAGGAAGCAAAGGCAAAGGAGGAGAAGGAGGUAAAGGAAAAGGAGGCAAAGGAAAUUGCAGCAAAGGAAAAGGAGUUUAAUAGACAGAUAAACAGGGCUGAAGAAAGGGUAAAGGAGGUUAAACAAGAAAUAGAGGAGGAAAAGGAGAAGGAAGCAAAGAAAAAGAAAGCAAAGGAGGAGAAGGAGAAGGAGAAGGAAGCAAAGGAGAAGGAAGCAAAGGAGGAGGAAGCGAAAGAGAAGGAGGCAAAGGAAAAUAAGGCAAAGGAGGCAAAGGAAAUUGCAGCAAAGGAGGCAAAGGAAAAGGAGGCAAAGGAAAUUACAGCAAAGGAAAAGGAGGCUAAUAGAAAGAUAAACAGGGCUGAAGACAGGGUAAAGGAGAUUAAACAAGAAAUAGAGGAGGAAAAGGAAAAUGAGAGAAGGAAAAAGGAGGUUAUGAAACAAAAAAUGGAUGAGUGA